AUGAUUUCCGCGCUUCUCAAGGGCAAGGCUUUCCGCUCCUUCUGCCUUCCGUUCCGCACUCCCGCAUCUCCUGCCGCCACUCCCGUAGCGCGAGUCACCCUACCAGCUUCUGUACGUUCUGAGCUAUUUCCCUCCGCCCACCCGUUCGCCAUGGCCGCCGUUGCCGCCGCACCUCCAGUGGCAGCAGCGGGCAGUGCGGCAGCGGGCGCGGGAGCAGCGGCGGCGGAGAUUCAACAGCCGCGGAAGGCCGUGCGCAAGCUGCUGUCGCGGGAGCAGGCGGAAGGCGCGGGGGCGCGCGUCAGGCGCAGCAUCGGCAGGCCGGAGCUGCGGCAGCUGGACCCCUUCCUCAUGCUCGACGAGUUCAAAGCGGAGAACGCAGCAGCAGGCUUUCCAGACCACCCCCACCGAGGCUUUGAAACCGUCUCCUACCUGAUUCAGGGGUCGUUCGUGCACGAGGAUUUCAACGGCCACAAGGGGCAGCUGCACGCGGGGGACGUGCAGUGGAUGACAGCUGGCAGGGGCGUGGUGCACUCGGAGAUGCCAGGAGAGGGCCCCACCCACGGGCUGCAGCUCUGGGUCAACCUGGCGGCUAAAGACAAAAUGGUGCAAUCGGCCUACCAGGAGCUAAAGGACGCUGACAUUCCCAAGGCAUCCCUCAACGGGGUGCACGUGGCCGUCAUUGCCGGCACCGCCCUCGGCGUCUCCUCCCCCGUCGUCACCCGCACACCCACCUCCUACCUCUCCUUCCGCCUCGACCCUGGCGCGCACCUCGCGCAACCGCUCCCCACCGCGUGGAACGCCUUCAUCUACACGCUGUCUGGCACGGCCAGCAUCGGGGAGAGGGGGACUGAGCCCACGGGGGUGCACCACACGGUGGUGCUGGGGGCGGGGGACGGCGUGCACGUGUGGAACAACGGCGCUGAGGAGUGCCGCUUUGUGCUGAUAGCGGGGCAGCCUAUAGGCGAGGCGGUGGUGCAGUACGGUCCCUUUGUGAUGAACACAGAGGAGGAGAUCCAGCAGGCUCUCAGUGACUACCGCCGCGGGGUGAACGGCUUUGAGAAGGCCCGCACGUGGCGCUCCGUGCAUGGGCGGAUCCGCACGCGCGCAAUGCCCGCCGCUCCCCCGCAGUCCUGCGCGCUGCUCCCCCCUCUCCUCGCCGUCGGCGCGCUCACCUCUCUCGCGCUCGCCCUCGCCGCCCUCCACUUCUCCCUCCGCCGCCGCCUCCCCCCUCCGCGCGCGCUCAAGCGCGCCGCCGCGCUCUGCCUGCUCUACACGCUCGCGCUCGCGCUCCUCUCACUCCCCGCGCCCUUUGCGCCCGCAUUCAGCCCCUGCGCUGCCCCGCGCGCGGAUAACAAUGCGGGGGCGGCGCGAGAACUAGGGGAGAAGGACGGGGUAGGCAGAGGAAAUGAGGUGGGCGGAGGGGGGUGGGCGCGCGGAGAAGAAAAAUGGGUAGAUGGCGCGGGAGGCGGAGGGCUGAGCAGAGGGGAGGAGGUGGAGAGAAGGAAGGCGGAGGCGGAGGGGGAAGCGACGGGGAAAGCAGGAGAGGCGAGGGCGAGAGAGGCAGGGGAAGAGCGGGAGAUACUGGAGGGGGAGGUGAAUGCAGGGGUGCGAGGAGAGGUGGCAGGUGCAGCAGCAGGUGAUGUGGCGGUGGAUACCGGCAGUGCUGCUACAACUCGCCGCACAGGUGGCAGCGCGAGCAAGGGUGGUGACAGCGCUGGUGGCGCGGAGGUAGAGGGCGCGGAGGGUGGAGCGGAGGGCGGAGAGGGCGGGGAGCGCGGAGAGGGCGCGGAGGGCAGAGAGGGCGCGGAGGGCGGAGAGGCAUGCCCCCCCUCCCUGCCGCCACCCUCCCCCUCCCUCCAUCCCCCAUCCCCUCCCUCCUCUCCCCCAUCCCCUCCCUCCUCUCCCCCAUCCCCUCCCUCCUCUCCCCCAUUCUCCCCUCCUCCGCACCCCGUCCCGUCCUCACUUUUUCCGCCCUCCUCCCUCCUUCCCUCCCCCACGCUUCCCAACCCCCUCUCAACCCCGCUCUCCCCCCCAUCCACCUCAACACCCCUCACCCCACACUCGUCGCCCCGCCCCGCCACCCCUGCACCGGCGCGCUUCUUCAUCUACCGGCUGAUCGGCAACGACAUGCCGCCGCUGCAGUGCGCGCAGCAGCUGCAGCGCAACACGCUGUACGCGCUGCUGCACGAGCCCCCUUUCCUGGAGCAGGCGCGGCGCCUGUGGGUGCUGAACCACGUGGUGAACAGCACCGCGCUCGCUCACCUGGUUGAAGCCAUGCGCGCCCACGGGGUCAAGGACGAGGACAUGCUCAUGCGCCCGCUCAACCUCUCGCUCAUCGCCACGCUCGACCGCUCCCUCUGGACCACCGCUGUCACCGCGCAGAACGAGGCGCGCAACUUGAUGUUGGAGCAUGCACGCAGGGAGGGGGCGCAGUGGGUCCUCACCUUUGACGGCAACCAGUUCCUCACGGCCGAGGCGUGGCGGUUGAUAGUGCAGGCGGCGGACCGGCACGAGAAGAGGGGCUUUAAGGUCUUCAAGGUACCCAUGUACAGGGUGCACCGGGAGCAGUCGCCCACAUGGCUCAACGCCUCCUCGCGCUUCAUCAAUCUGCGUCGCUUCGCCCCCCACCUGCACGAGAGCCAACUCGCCUUCCGUGCCGAUGCACCCUACCGCUACCAGCCGGGCAUGGCGUACGGGCAGGACAACAAGAUGGAGCUGCUCACACGUGUGUGCGGGUCCGGCAAGUUCCGGAAGAAGCACUUCCGGCUGUGGCAGCUGCAGGCAGAACAGGCGCAGCAGCAAGCCAUGCUGGUGGAACAGCAGGUAGAGAAAGAGGGGCAGGAGGGGCAGGCGGGUCAUGCAGGGCUGGGGAAGGAGCAGGAGCAGCAGGGGCGGGAGAGGGCAAUGGGCAUGGCUGAACUGCCUGAGAUGAACGAUGAUGAUGGGGGGGAGGGCGAGGGCGAGGAGGAGGAGGAGGUGGACAAGGGGCGGUGUGGGUGCCACAGGGAGGUGGGGGUGGAUGCGGGGUACCAGCGCGGGAAGCAGCUGGUGGCGUACGAGUGCGGCUACAGCAUCCGCCUGUGGUACUUCCCAUGCGCCCACGUGGACGCGGAGAAGAUGUUCCUCAGGGCGCACUACAGGGCGCAGCUCAGGGAGGAGGGCCGGCAGCAGCUGCACGCCUUGAUUGAGCGCGCUAUAGAGGGGGCUGUCAAGGGGUGGCACAAUAAAACGAUGCAGUAG